UCUCAGAGGGAAAAACCCUAGCAGCCGCGGUUUCUUGAACCCUCGCGUUCUCCUCCCUCGGUUGCCGCCGUGCAAGGGACGCUCGAUCCAAGAUGAAGGUACUCGCCCAAGUGUUCGAGUCGUUGGCUAAACUUUGAUAAAAGUUGACAUUUUUCAUCGGUUUUCUGCUCUCGUUAAAUUCAACAUCGCGAAUCCUACCACUGGGUGCCAAAAAAAGAUUGAGAUUGAUGACGACCAGAAGCUCCGAGCAUUUUUUGACAAGAGGAUCUCUCAGGAGGUCAGUGGAGAUGCCCUCGGUGAGGAAUUCAAUGGCUAUGUUUUCAAAAUCAUGGGAGGCUGCGACAAGCAAGGUUUUCCCAUGAAGCAGGGAGUACUAACCCCUGGACGUGUCCGCCUGCUGCUGCACAGAGGAACACCUUGCUUUCGUGGGUACGGCAGACGCAAUGGAGAGCGCAGGAGGAAAUCGGUUCGUGGGUGUAUUGUCAGUCCCGAUCUUUCAGUUCUGAACUUAGUCAUUGUUAAGAAAGGUGAGAAUGAUCUUCCUGGAUUGACCGACAUCGAGAAGCCUAGAAUGAGAGGACCGAAGAGAGCCUCUAAAAUCCGGAAGCUAUUCAACCUUUCCAAGGAGGAUGAUGUCCGCAAGUAUGUCAAUACGUACCGCCGAACCUUCACAACUAAAUCAGGCAAGAAGUGCAGCAAGGCGCCCAAGAUUCAAAGGCUUGUAACUCCCCUGACUCUCCAAAGGAAGCGUGCCAGGAUUGCUGAGAAGAAGAAGAGGAUCGCCAAGGCCAAGGCAGAGGCAGCUGAGUACCAGAAGCUUCUUGCGACGAGGCUCAAAGAACAACGUGAACGUAGAAGCGAGAGCUUGGCAAAGAGGAGAUCUAAGCUUUCUGCUGCCUCGAAGCCAUCUGUUGCAGCUUAGGCAUAAAUUUUAUUAAUAGAAGAAAGAAAUAUGUUUGGCGGGUAACUGCUGAUUUAGAAUUUGAGGUCAUUUAGUUUGCAUGCCUUAUGUUCUUUUAAUUUCGUGGUUGGGAUUUUUGACGUGCAAGUGCCCACCUGUUUUCUUGAAUUUUUAAUGCUGCAUCUCGGUAUGCUGGGAUUUUGCCUUGUGGUUUUAA